CAGCGUGUCUACUACCUCUCCCUGGAGUUUUACAUGGGCCGCACUUUGCAGAACACCAUGGUGAACCUGGCCUUGGAGAACGCCUGUGAUGAAGCCACAUACCAGCUGGGUCUGGACAUGGAGGAGCUGCAGGACAUCGAGGAGGAUGCUGGUCUAGGAAACGGAGGGCUGGGUCGUCUGGCAGCUUGUUUCCUGGACUCCAUGGCCUCUCUGGGUCUGGCUGCUUAUGGAUACGGCAUCCGUUACGAGUUCGGCAUCUUCAAUCAGAAAAUUGUGGACGGCUGGCAG